AACGAGAAAAAGCGAAGAGAACUUUGGCGAAGUUGAAUUUGUUUUCAAAGCAAACAAAAAAAGCUUUGAUUUAAUUUUCAAGUGUAAAAAAAUAGUAAAAGAGAUUAAUUUUUGGAAGCUGUGUUCGUGCCAAUUUGCAGAGAGAUCGAAAUGCAAAACAAUGGACAUGAGAGACGUGCGCCAAAGCACAAAACAAGUAAACACAAUCAGCGACAGAAGAAUGCAGCAAGAGGGGGGAAUUCCGGAAAAUAUGAACCGAGGAAAAAUUUUCAGCAACAUCUGCAAGGCUCAUGGCCUCCUCCGAUGGUGAACUACAGAUUCCCAGCUCCUGUGCCGAUGGGAUCAAUGGUGCCAACUAUGCCACCAGCGCCAUUAAAUAUGGCUCACGGCGGGCACGUGUUGAUGCAACCAGCAACGUAUCCUGCGUCUUUCGGAAUUCCAUUCCCACCACCGCCAAUUACCUCGGCACCAGUUCCCGGGCAGACAAAUGUGGUUGUUCUUCCACCAAUCACUGGAGCACCCAUGGGACCGAUCUUUUCCCCAACGAUGCCUCCCUCCAGAUUCCCAAUGGGCUUCAAGGAUACAAAUUGCCCAGCACCACAGAAGCCACGUUUUGCUCCGGUGCCAAUCCCAAAAAUUCCUAUUGUGCGAAAAAUGCCCUGGGAAAAGGAGGCGCCCAAUGCGAUUGCAAUUGUUGAUCCGUCAUCCCAAAAGGACAUCCGGAAGGAACAUUUGGAAAUCUUGCGGCAAACCUCGAGUAUGGACAACAUGUCGGUGGAGACACCUCCCAAUGAUACCUCUGAUGAGCCAAUAUUGGAUCCAAUGGAAACUGAGAAGGAUCAUUCAUCAGUUGAAGUGACUUUCCUGCAGGAGAAUUUGCUUUCCGAUGAGGAGGAUUUUGUGUCUCAGACUGAAUUUGAGCAGAUCGUUUCCUGUAGUCAGGAUUCAGCUUUUAAAGGAGAAGUUCCUUCUGCCGACACAACUGAUGAUGCUUCAGGGAAGGAUCAUGUGAUUGGAGAUGUCGACGAAGGAGAAAAUGAUGUAUCGGAUAAUGAAGUCACAAUUAAAAGUGGAAAUCAAAAUGAUGAUGAGUCAAACUACGAGAUUCAACGCGAGGACAUCAUGGAGGAAGAUGAGAAUUCGGUGGACACGGAAGAUAACGAGGGGGGAUUCAAUGAGAUUACAACUGAUAAUGGAGUGGACAUGAAAGAGGAUUUUUCAUCCAGCAGCAGAAGCAAGAAAGUCAAUGAAGUUGAUUUCAAUGGAAGCAGCGAUGAUGCAAUGCAAAAAGUUUGCCACGACAGCUCUGAUGUGGUCCACAAUGCGUCAGCGAAUAAAAUAAGGUACACAUUGGAGUUCAUGCAUAAAUUCCGGGACUGCAGGACACGUGGAAGGUAUAUAAUGGACCUGAAUAAAUGUCCUGACGUUAUUAGAGACGUUGAUGUCAAGAGGACGUUCAUUGUGAAUAAUUUACUUCCGCAUUAUGCAUUGAAAGACUCUGAAAAUGUCAUAAUCACGAUGGGGCAAGAGAUGAAGACCCGGAGGAGUAAACAGGAGAAUAAAGUGGGUGUAGGUGGGGGAAAGUUAUCACCCAAAGGAUGUGCCGAAUCUGCAGUGAAAGCCAAAUCUGGCAUAAUUCACGUGAAUUUAUCUAUUCAUGAGGAUGUCAAGCUAAAUGAAGUCGAAAAUGCUUGGAGACCGUCUGCGUUCAGCAAACAGCCAGUCGAUUGUGGUGAAGGUGUUGACAAUGAGAAAUUGCUAAAAGACUUUCGAAGUGUCCUGAAUAAGAUAACACCAACAAAUUUUGAUGCUCUCCUUGGGCAGGUGAAACAAUUGAAAAUCAUCACACCUGUACAAUUAAAUGCGGUGAUUGAUUUGGUUUUUGAGAAGGCAGUGGCAGAGCCAAAGUUCAAUGAGUGCUACACAAAAUUGUGCCAACAAAUUGCACAGAUGUAUCAAACACCAAAGAAUGGGGAUGGUGGUUUGAAUUUCCGCCGGAAGCUCAUUACGAAGGUGCAGUAUUCCUUUGAGGAUUGCAUUGCGAUAUCGCAGAAAUUUGACGAUGCAUCGGUGAAUGAUGAAAAUUAUGACAUUGCAAAGAAGAAAACAGUUGGGAAUAUUCAAUUCGUGGGGGAACUCUUCAAUUUCAAAUUGCUCUCGUUGAAGAUAAUGAAGGAGUGCACAGUGCAACUUCUCGAUGUUGGCACGUCGUUGGCUGUUGAGCUAAUGUGUAAGCUGAUUGCAACAAUUGGUGCACAUAUGGACAGGAUGGAGAAGAAUUUAUCGAUUAAUUUUAUUGGACAACUGAAGAAGAUCAUGACGUCAAAGAAGAAAAAAUUCCCAAGUCGAAUUCGAUUUAUGGUGUUGGAUUUGGAGGAUUUACAGAAAACAUGGAAUACGGACAAACCUAUGUGAAUAAAGAUUCAUUUUUUUUU